AUGUCUGGUCGUGGUAAGGGAGGUAAAGGCCUUGGCAAAGGUGGCGCCAAGCGCCACCGCAAGGUCCUGCGCGACAACAUCCAGGGCAUCACCAAGCCCGCCAUCCGCCGCCUGGCCCGGCGCGGAGGAGUCAAGCGCAUCUCCGGCCUCAUCUACGAGGAGACCCGCGGGGUGCUGAAGGUGUUCCUGGAGAACGUGAUCCGCGACGCGGUCACCUACACGGAGCACGCCAAGCGCAAGACCGUCACCGCCAUGGACGUGGUCUACGCGCUCAAGCGCCAGGGCCGGAGAGAACCUGUGGCCGCGCACUCUUCCUCCCGCUUCUUCACUAUGGCUCGUACAAAGCAGACCGCUCGCAAGUCCACCGGCGGCAAGGCCCCGCGCAAGCAGCUGGCCACCAAGGCCGCCCGCAAGAGCGCCCCGGCCACGGGCGGCGUGAAGAAGCCCCACCGCUACCGGCCCGGCACCGUGGCGCUGCGCGAGAUCCGGCGCUACCAGAAGUCGACCGAGCUGCUGAUCCGCAAGCUGCCGUUCCAGCGUCUGGUACGCGAGAUCGCGCAGGACUUCAAGACCGACCUGCGCUUCCAGAGCUCGGCCGUCAUGGCGCUGCAGGAGGCCAGCGAGGCCUACCUGGUGGGCCUGUUUGAGGACACCAACCUGUGCGCCAUCCACGCCAAGCGCCCCAUCACAAUGUCUGGUCGUGGCAAGGGCGGGAAAGGCCUGGGCAAAGGCGGCGCCAAGCGCCACCGCAAGGUCCUGCGCGACAACAUCCAGGGCAUCACCAAGCCCGCCAUCCGCCGCCUGGCCCGGCGCGGAGGAGUCAAGCGCAUCUCCGGCCUCAUCUACGAGGAGACCCGCGGGGUGCUGAAGGUGUUCCUGGAGAACGUGAUCCGCGACGCGGUCACCUACACGGAGCACGCCAAGCGCAAGACCGUCACCGCCAUGGACGUGGUCUACGCGCUCAAGCGCCAGGGCCGCACCCUCUACGGCUUCGGCGGCUGA